UUCACGUUAUCCCAAAGUAAUUUGGCCUAUGCGCACACAUCAUACGCAUUAUGUUUCCUUAAUAUACGAACUGCUACAAUAAUAUUGUUUUAUUUCUUGUGAAAAUUGUGACAACUUUUAUUGAAGUAUUCCAGUUAACAACAUCAGAAAACUCCAAGAUGAUUCGCAUUCGCCACAAAAAAUUUUGUAUUUCUCUCGGAUUUACAACCCUUUGUAUUCUCCGACGAUCGGAAUUGACUUCGAUCACCUCCAAGUUGUCAUUACUCGCUUGACUUUCACUUUCUUGUCUCUUCCUCAAUCUCUUCUCAGGGGAAACAAAAGUCAAGUUUAUAUCUACAGGAGAAAACAGUUUACUCACAACACCCACCAUUUUUCUUUCUGCUAACAAAGCACUGAAGAUCACAAUUUCUGUAAAAAUUGAACAGAUAGAAAUGCGUCAAUUACUUGAAGCAAUAUCUCCAACAUCAUUAUCCAUUAAUGAAGACACUUCAUCUACGAAUCACCAUCGAUCAGCCUUGUUCUUUUUACUUGGAGGAUUAAUCUUUCUCCUAAGUUUGCUGAUUCUUCUGUUUAUUUUCUGGAAAUAUAUCCAACAAGAACAACUUAGAAAGUCAGGGGAGCCUGAAAACAGCUGCAAAGCUUCAAAAGAUUAUUACAGAGGGAAUAUAAAGACAAUAAGCUAUUUUAAAUUCCAAGCAUUAAAGAAGGCGACCAUGAACUUCCAUGAGUGUAAUUUCCUUGGAAAAGGUGGAUUUGGGCCAGUCUAUUUGGGUAAACUACAAGAUGGAAGACAAGUUGCUAUAAAGAAACUCUCUCUUGAAAAAUCACAACAAGGAGAUGAAGAGUUUCUUGCAGAAGUGAAAAUGAUCACUAGCAUACAACACAAGAACCUUGUUCGCCUUCAUGGUUGUUGCUCUGAAGGAUCUCAAAGGCUGCUUGUUUAUGAAUACAUGAAGAACAAGAGUCUUGACCUCAUUAUUUAUAGAAAAAGCGAAGAGUAUCUAAACUGGAGCACACGAUUGGAAAUAAUUUUGGGAAUUGCAAGGGGAUUACAGUAUCUACAUGAGGGCUCACACGUGCGGAUUGUGCAUAGAGAUAUCAAAGCUAGCAACAUUCUUCUUGAUGCUAAAUUUCAUCCAAGAAUUGGAGAUUUUGGCCUUGCUAAGUUCUUCCCAGAGGAACAAUCGUAUCUUAGCACCACAUUUGCUGGAACAUUAGGAUAUACAGCUCCUGAAUAUGCCAUUAAAGGAGAACUAUCCGAAAAGGUUGACAUUUAUAGUUUUGGAGUUCUGGUGCUUGAAAUUAUUAGCUGCAGGAAACAUACCGAUCUUACUUUACCAUCAGAAAUGCAAUACCUUCCGGAAUAUGCAUGGAAGUUGUAUGCAAGGUCAAAGAUAGUUGACCUCAUAGAUCCAAGAAUGAGGAAAGGUGGUUUUGUGGAGAAAGAUGUAAUGCAAACAAUUAAUGUGGCUUUAUUAUGCCUUCAACCCCAAGCAAAUGUAAGGCCACCCAUGUCGGAGAUUGUGGCUAUUUUGACUUGGAAGAGCAAAAUGGUCAAAGCACCAAUAAAACCGGAUUUCUUUGAUGGGGGGUGUCGAGUGAAGGAUGAGAAUGUAUCUUGGGAAGCCAUCUCAGAUUAUUACCCUUCUCCUCUCGAAAGCAAAUCUUACAACCUCAUACAACCUCCAAACUCUGGAGAGUUCAUCGAAAGUAGAUCAUACAACCUUAUUCAACCUCCAAACUCUAGAGAAUUUAUAGUAAACUAAGCUCACACAAUGUUUGGCUUGUUUUAAAUCAAUUUUUUUAUAAUGUUUGGCUUGUUUUAAA